GAAAAGCGGCAAUAUCAAUGGAUGACAUGAAAUUUGAUCAUAAAGACCUUUCAUGUCAACAAAAUGGAUAUUGUCAUCUAAAUCUCGUGUAGAUGUUUACAAAGGCAUUUUGUGAAAAAUGCCACAUUGGAUAUGGGAAACAGUCACGAUAAAGCGCCGCUAAGGAAAGCUGUAUCCGUACCGGACACCCAGAGCUUAUCAGCCAAUGCAUCAUUUGUGAGAGAGAAGUCCCGUAGUUCCAACCGCCUGUUUCGCAUUGGUUCAUCUCGAGACGUACGGCGGGUUCAUGCACCACGCCGAGAAGAGCCCCCUCACCUGUGGGGGGUGCCCCUGACUGAAGCCCUUUUCUUGCCAGACUUCCCCGUCAGAAGAGACCUGGAAGAACAAGAAUUUGAGGUGAUAGACAUCAUUGCGAGGGGAGCCUAUGGCAAUGUCCUCAAGGCACAGCGAGAAGAUGAGAAGAAAUUUUAUGCAGUCAAGGUGCUAGAGAAGAAGCAGAUCAUCGGGGAGAGUGCAAUACAGCAGUGUAAAGAUGAGGCAGCAAUACAGUCCAUGCUCGGUGAUCAUCCAUUCAUCGUUAAACUUAAUGAAUACUGGCAAUCCAAGAAAUACUUGUAUAUAGUGCUAGAUUACGUCCCUCAUGGUGACCUGUUCUCUCUGUGGACGUUCCACACCAUGUUUCCAGAGAGGCUGGUCAGAGUGUACAUUGCCGAGAUGUCCAUGGUACUGGACUACCUUCAUAAUUCAGGUGUUAUUUUUAGGGAUUUAAAGAUGGAAAAUAUCCUUUUUGAUCCCAAAGGCCACAUACAGCUCAUAGAUUUUGGGCUAUCCAAAUGGCUGCAGAAAGGUGACAGAACGAGAACGAUAUGUGGGACUCUGCAAUAUAUGGCACCUGAAGUGUUGAGUGCCUACCCAUACGGGCACCAGGCUGACUGGUGGUCUAUGGGGAUCCUCAUGUACGUCAUGAUGACAGGCAAGUAUCCAGUGGAGGCGGCCAGGGACCACAGGAGGAUGGCGGAGAAGGUCUACGAGUGUGACUUCCUCAUGCCGGAGAGUAUCGGGAAUGAUGCUCAGGACAUCGUACAUAGACUGUUGACAAAGGCACCGCAGCGGAGAAUAGUAGCUCUGUCAACUUUACAGGAGAUGGACUUCUUUAAAAAUAUCAACUUUACUGAUCUUAUUGAGAAGAAACUCUCCCCUAUGGAUGUAGUCCCGCCGGAGUUUUUCCCUAUGACAGGGAUGAGCUGGGCACCCCACUUAGCUGAGAAGGAGAUGGAGGAGGAAUUUACAGGGUUUGAUGGCCAGAAUGUCCAAUGGAAUCUCCCAGAAGGAGCGACGCCAGUGUUUGUAUGAGACAGUCAGUUUAGUCCAGAUGUGUGUGAGUGAGUGAGUGUGUGGCUGUGUUUAAUUCAACCCGGGACUUCUAAGUAUUAUUCAUCUGUUACCUGUGUGCGAAACAAUUCAACUGGGAAGGAAGCACACAGAUGUAAAUAAGUGUAUUUACAGAAAGACAGCAUUGUCAAGUCAUAUUGUGUGCUGCAUGUUACAGUUUUCAUGGGAAUGCAGUUGUUUCAUUUCUGCUGGAGAUUCCAUGGUAAGGAUGGCGACUCAUCAUGUGUAUGUCAGCACUUCUAUUUCUGCCUGGACACCCAGAGAAACUGACCAUACUGUAGAUCCAUGGUCAAGGUGGUCACCGACAUUCUGAACUUCACCUGGCACAUGGUGCCUCUGUGUACUGCUCAUUUGUGACUUCUCUGACCUGGAUGUGAUCUUGGGGCAGCGUGGACGAAACACCAAGAGAAACUGACCUUGCUGUAGAUCCAUGGUCAAGGUGGUCACAGACAGUCUGAACUUUGCCUGGCACAAGGUGCCUCUGUGUACUGCUAAUAUGUGAUCUGGAUGUGAUUUCUGGGAGGACAGACAACAGUGAACCCGACCAACUACAAAACACUGCAGAGGACACUCAGUCUGACAAGGAAGCUUUAACACUGAUCGAUAAAUCUCAUCCGUAAUCUUCAUCAAUCCCCUAUAUGUAGAGUAAGAUGGUGACUUCAACAGGGAGCCCACAUGGGUCAGAGUCGGAGUCAUACCAACUCGUGCAUGUUGAGGGAAUUAUGAUUCCAUUGUCAUUCAAAUACAAAUCUACAUGUAUAUUUUUAUCCUCUUCCAGAGUCACCUGGCAUUACCAUUCAACCAAAAUGUAUAUAAAGUUGACCUUGUAUCACCAGAUUAAUCUGCCUCAAUGACUUACUGUUACGGUUGUUAUCUACAGCACCUGGCAUUAUCUGCUUCUUGGUUAGUUAGUGUGUUCAUGACAUGUAUAAUGGUUGCAGCUGAUUGGUGUAAAAGGCUUGUUAAUGACUAUCGUAAAUAAUCGCAUAAAAUUGAGAUCCUUUAUUCUAAUAUGAUACCUCUCUGCAUGAAGAUCUGAAGACGCCUCCAUUGAAGGUGAACUUUCUUAUCAACCCAUCAGCAUCAAGGCUUAUAAAUUCUUGGUUACAAAUGUGUAAAGCAUUUAGACAAGCGUAUCAAUUUUCAGUACCGGUAUCUAAAACUUACACAUAUUCUUGGGUCGCCUAGUAAUUAAAGGGUUCCCUCAUCACCCGAACUCCCAGGUUCGAUUCUCUACAUGGGUACAGUGUGUGAAGCCCAUUUUGGGUGUCACCCACCAUGAUAUUGGCGGAAUAUUGCUAAAUGCGGCAUAAAAUCAUACUCACUCUCUCACUCACAUAUCAAGGGACUUCCGAUUGCCAAGAAACAAACAAAUGUUAUACACUGGCACCAGGGCAUCCACAUCCUAAAGGCAGAGCGAACAAAGGAAUAUAUGUAGUCUCUUUUCAUUUGUAACAGCUGACAUUUCCAAAUUGAGGUGGUAGAGAAUUGAAGACAAAUUGUUUUGAAAAGCUGACAUCUGACUGACUCAAGAACCCACACAUCCUUCAUUUGGUUGGACGGUCAAAGUUAAGGGUUGAUCUGAUGCUUGGUGUAAACAGAUCUUGCUGCAGACAGGUAUCAUAAUGUAAGAGCCCUGACACGUUUAACAAUUAUAUAUACUGAUGGAAACAAGAAAGGGACCCAUUUGUUGGACAUGAUUUCUGUGUUAGACCAAAGAUGACCAAAGAAUUUUUGACAGCUCUGUGACACACCAGGGCCCACUUGCACAAAGCGAUCUUAGCGCUAAGACUAGCGUAAGCCUAUGUUAAAGUAUGGGAGUUACAAUCAUCUUAGCACUAAGAUCGCUUUGUGCAAGUGGGCCCUGAUACACACAUUCCAUUGUGUGUCAUGUUGAUAUUGUGCUGUGUUUAUUCACAACAGUAAACUCUGCCAAAAUUAUAUAUGUAACUUUAUUUCUUUCCUUCAGUUUAAUUUCAAUUAAUGACUAAUGAUAAUGUUUCAUUUAUUCCUCGUAUUGUCCGUAAUUGUAACGUUUUUUACCUCAAAUAUAUCAAGCUUGGAUGUUAUGUCAUUGUAUAAAAGAAGGAACACAUUUGAACUGACACAGCUUGAGUGUCUUGUUACGAGGAGAAAUCUUGGAUACCGUAUAGCAUCAAUGGUAAUACGACCCCUGCCUACAAGGCUUAAGAAAAUAAAAGAAUUGGUUCACAGGCUAUGACUUUUGAAAAUAUAGUGCGGGUGGGCAGUGUUUUUUUGCUUGUUCAAACUAGUAUGUAACCAAAUAAACAGUUGUGUACCAUCAACCUGGGAAAGGGCCUCUCUACAUAAACAAGCAUGCAAACUCCUAUUGCUGCCAUGACCCUCACACAAGAUGUGCAGUAAAGCAGUGCGCAUGUGAAGGGAAGUAACUGCAUGCCCCAUUGGAUCACCUUGUUUUUGAGAAUUAGAAAUUUGAUUUAUUUUUUAAAAUUGAAAUAAAACAAAACGCGCACCAGACUUCAUGAUGAUGCAGGCGGUGCCUGAGAACCAAGACUAUUAUUUUUUUCAGCCUAGUGCGACCCCCCUGUAGAUUAUUUUACACCUCUUCAUCCUUGGUACCAAAAAGUACAUUGCAGGCAGAGAUAUUAGGUACCUACCUGUCUUCUGAUAUGUUUGGGGGCAUGGGUACCUCGGUCAUCUAUGGCAAUGGGGACACAAUUUGCUGUGCAGAGUUGCCUCCCUUAGAUUUGCAAGGAUCCUAAUGUGUUUGAAUUCCAGACUUGCCCAAAUUAUAUUCUUGGAAUGGUCAGACCAGUAAGUCAAUACUUGGCUCCGUGAUGUAACCAACUGCAUUGAAUGGCACAGUUCAACAUCCUUUUUGUCAGAAUGGAGCGUUGUUUGUAAUGGUGGGAUGUCAGGUGUUAUGUUUUGUUGAUUCUUCAUUGGAUGAGCUCAGGCAUGUGUAGUUUGUUUGUUCAUGGAGGUAAAAUACCCAGGGAUAAUUGAAAUACCUAGGCAGCAUUAUACAUAUCCUGCUCGGAUUGAAACAUGGGGCAUUGUGUUGUCAGUUGAUUCAUCAUUCACAUGUGGGGCAGUCGGGUAGCCUAGUGGUUAAAGCGUUCGCUCAUCAUGCCAAAGACCUGGGUUCGAUUCCCCUAAAGGGUGCAAUGUGUGAAGCUCAUUUCUGGUGUCCCCGCCAUGAUAUUGCUGGAAUACUGCUAAAAGCGGCGUAAAACCAUACACACUCACUCACUCAUUCACAUGUAAAAUAAUUAUGUUUAGUCAGUUCCUAGUCUCUGAAUGUGACGAGUACAAGUUUUUGUUUUUAAGCUUUUCGAAGAAAAUGAACAGCCGCAAGAUGAUUAGUUGACAUUUGUGAAUGACUUUGAAAAUCUUCAGACAAGAAGAUUAGAAAUCAACACGAUAUUAAUUAUGGAGUUAUUUAAUUACGUGGUUAAAUUGGUACAUUACAAGGGUAAUAACCAGUAUAUCAUGUGUGGGUUCAGUAGGGCAGGGGAUAGUGUGGUGGCUUGCCAUGGAUGCGAUCUGAGUUCCAUUCUGACCUUCGUUUGUGACGUCCUUGUCAAUCUCAUUAAAAUCAGAUCUUAGUUCUCGCUACCGCUAAACAAAGAUCUGAGGACAUCCCAUGAGGGGUCACGUCAGAAUGACCUUUCAUCCGACCAAUCAGAG